AUGACUUCAGGAGAGCAGAGUGAGACGGUGCAGGAGCAUCCAGAUCCAGAAGACAGUGAAAUUACCAUUUUGCUCAUUGGCAAGACUGGAAUUGGCAAGAGCUCUGCAGGAAACACCAUCAUACAACCAAGUCGUUCUCAGUUUGGAGAAAAUCCACUGGUGUGCGAGAAGAAAGUACGUCUUAGGCGUUAUUGCCGUGAAUUGGGAGUAAUUGAUACUCCAGGUCUGUUUCCCACCAGAUUAACAGCUGUGGAGAUGAAGAAACAGGUGGCGACAUGCGUCUCAAUGUGUGCCCCUGGUCCUCAUGUGUUCCUGAUUGUGAUAGACCCAAAACGUUUCUCAAGAGAAGACCAAGACCUGGUGGAAAUCAUCAAGAAGAUGUUUGGAGAAGAAGCUGUCAGAUACACCAUGGUCUUGUUCACCCACAGAGAUCAAAUGGAGAGAGAUGGAGUCUCAGGGGAAAGAUUUCUGUAUUUCAACCCCUCUUUUAAUGAGUUGCUAAGCAAAUGUCAGGGAGGAUAUCAUGUUUUUAACAACAAUGAAAACAAUCUUGAGGAGAAUAGGAGGCAAGUUGAUGAACUGGUGGAGAAGAUUGACGGCAUGGUUCAGAGAAAUGGAGGCAGGCGCUACACAAACACAAUGUUCAGGGAGGCCCAGAGAGCCGUUCGCCGGGAGAUGGCUCAGUAUCAGGAACCAGGCCCAGAAAAAAGAAGGAGAGCUGCAGAGAAAAACAACUCGUUUAUUCGAGCUGUUGAGCAAGCUGCUGCUGCUGCAGCUGCUGUUGGAGUGGCAGAAGUGUUGGAAGGAGUCAGAGCAACGAGAGAGGAUCGGUGUGUAACUCAGUGAUAGUCGUCUGAUUAGAAACAGCUGAAAAUAACAACAAUUAGGGUGUUCAAUGUUGAUUAGGUCCUGUUUGGUUAUUUAUUCCUCAUAAUCAUCUGAAAUAUCUAGUUAGAGAAUAAUAAUUAUUCACUACAUAAUGAAAAUGUUUAUUGCGCAUAACAUUUAGCA